AUGGCUGCCGCCGGGCGCCGGGCUGCGGGCCCCGCGCGGUUGGCGGCGUCGGGGAACCCGAGACAGCCCCGGGCGCGGCGGGAGCGGCGGGAGCAGCCGCGCGCGCCGCGGCCCUCGGCUCCGCCGCCGGGACAGCGCCGCCAGGAGCAGAAGAAAGUGAAUUGCAAGCCCAAGAACCUGGAUGACCAGGAGAUCCCUUUCCGCCUCCGAGAGAUCAUGCGGAGCCGCCAGGAGAUGAAGAACCCGCUCAGUAACAAGAAGAGGAAGAAGGAGGCCCAGGUGGUCUUCAAGAACACAUUGGAGAUGGAAGCGAAGGGAACAGAACCUGACAUCAUUGUCCCCAAGUUCAAGCAGAUGAAGGGGGAAUCUGACGGGGCCUACAUCCAGCGCAUGGAACAGGAGACGCAGCAUGUACUGUUCCUUAGCAAGAAUCAGGCUGACCGGCAGCCAGAGGAGAAGGCAGCUCCAAAGAAGGAGAAGUCUGAGCGGAAAAAAGCGUUCCAGAGGCGGCGACUAGAUAAAGCCCGGCAGAAAAAGGAGGCAAAGGCUGUGGAAAUGCUGGAGCAGGAAUUGCUGCGAGACACUGUGAAGUUUGGAGAGGUGGCUCUGCAGCCCCCAGAGCUGACUGCCCAGCCCAGGAAGAGCUUCAGCAGAGACCAGCCUGGGAAGAAGGCACUGAUGUUGAAGAAGAUUCUGAGCCCUGAUGUGUCGCAGCCUCUGACUACCUCACUGGCCAGGCAGCGGAUCCUGGGGCAGGAAAGAGAGCGGGCUGUGGAGGCAUACAGAGCCCUGAAGAAGUUGCAGCAGCAGCGGCAACAGCAGCAGUGGUAGCCGCAGGGCCACCUGCCCAGCCACCUGGCAGUACUUGCUGGAGACAGCCGGAAACUAUCUGUGCUGGACAGACAUGAAGGCUGCCUGGGAGCUGCUAGACAGGGACCCGCACUCCAGUUCUCAGUGCAGGAGAGACUCCAGGUCUUUUCUUCCUUUUCUCCCCUAUGACUAUCAGGAGUGGCUGUAGGCAGAUCUUCUAUCUUGUACAGGCAAGUGCACCAUAGAUCAGGGCCAACACCUGAAUAAGACAAAGUAAAUAGGACCAGUGUCUUGUUCCCUAAGCCUAGAAUCAAUUUUACAACCAAAAAGUGCCUACUCAGAGCCACUUUAGGAAGGAUUCAUUCCCAUAACUCUGACUGUAAACAGUUAAUCAUUGAAACAUACUGUAGGCCAGCCUUAUGUCUGAGAAACAACUCAGAGGCCAGGCAGAGCAGGCUGGCUUUGGGUCAGGGCUGGCAGACAGUACCUAGAUAACCUGUGAGGGCCAGGACCCAGCCUGCUUGUUAGUGUCCCCGCAGAGGCAGGAGCACUAGCACAAGUCUAGCUUGGAUAGACAGUCCUAACACCAGGAAGAUCGGAGCAGGGCUGUGUGUCACGUAGCAGCUCUCCAGGAAUCAGAGUAGAACUCUCAGGAGACAGAAUCUAUACUGAGACCGCUACCCAGAACCAGAGCUUUUGGGGUGAGUUUCCCACCGCUGCCAAAGGAGGGAGCAUGUGGCUGUCAGCUCCAGAUGAGAACAGAGGUGAGACUCAAACCCUUCAAGUUGGAGCUGGGUUCAUCUCUAUUAUCCUAGCUACUCAGGAGUCUGCAGCUGGGUUGGGUUUGAAGCCAGGCUGGGCAGACAAAGCCUGGAUACUCUACCGUCAGUGAACCAGCAAAAAGCCAGAAGUGGAAGUGAGGCUCAAGAAGUAGGAUGCCAGCCCUAGCCAGUGUUUGAGCCCCAGUUCUAGCACAAAACCACUCCAGCUGGCCAUCAAGAACUACAGCCAAUGCUGCCACCGCCGAGGAAGUGUGCACGCCCUCCCAGCAGCUGCCUGCCAACACGGUCCCCUGGAGCUCAGACAGUUCCAUCGGUCCUGGAGCAUGUGUGAAGUUCUCAAGCUGGGUGUCAUCUCUUACUGCCCUUGCCCACGUUUGUAUUUUCAGAAUGAAGUUUAUUCUUACUUGA